AUGUCCAACCCCCCAGCCCUCCUCACCCUCCCAGUAGAAAUCCGACAGAACUCCUCUACUACACCCUCUAUCCAGAAACUUCUCCAAUCUUCCAUCUCAAACCAAAUCAUCGUAUUCAAGCUCCUUGACCCCAAGUAUCCCAACGGACGUCGAUUUCCCCGGAAAAGCAUGAGCACUUCUACGGCACCUAAAUCAUGA